GACGUAAGCAAAGCGCAACAGAGAGGCCGAAGGAGCGAGCUCGGACUGGCCUGUUUACGGAAUGGCCAUACACCACACAGCGGACCAAGAAGGGCUACAUAAGCUAUAGCCAGAUAAGCAAUUUCCAUAUGUGAUGUCGUCACAGUGUUAAUUGUAUCGUCUCUCAGAUCAUUAAUGCCCGACAGGCAGAUCAUGGCCUAUCCGCAGCUCCCAAAGCAGGAGACUGCCGAGCUGACGCCGAACAACUUCCAAGAUGUUCCGAUCGCUGUAGUCGGUCUGAAGUGUCGCGCCAUACUUGCCAUGCGCCUCGACGUGCCGCAACUGCUUUUGGGGCCGUCUGGUCAUCGUGACUGGCGAGGACUGGCACUGUUGGCGGGCUUCAGCUGUGACGAGGUGGAGCUCCUCAAGGAACGGGGAAAGAGCCCGACGGCAUCUUUGCUAGACGAGUGGGAUGCACGACCCGUGGCAACUGUCAGCCUCCUUGUGCAGCACCUGAUGUGCCUUGAGAGAUACGACGUUCUUGACGACAUCGAAGCAGAGCUACGACAAGACAUUGAAUUCUACCGAAGAAAACAGUCUGGCGGGAUUUCAGAUGUCAUUCGUCCUCCAACUGUCAGGUCGAUAAGGACGCCUAUCUACGACGCAUUUGUGUGUUACACAUCCCAAGACUGGCCCUUUGUUGAGGUGCUGAUCGAAAAACUGGAAUCACUGGGUCUACGUCUGUUCUUGCCCAACAGAGAUCUAAAAGCAGGUGUCCUUCAAUACUCUACAUUCUAUGAACUCAUGGAGAAAUGGUGUAGAAAAACCAUCAUUGUGUUUUCGCCCGAAUUCCUCGAGUCACAAGAGUGCCGUGUGCAGCAAACAUUCAUUGAAAGCAUUAACAAUGAACAAGCACAGCAAAAACUGAUACCGGUGAUCGUCAAGCAGUGCGUGUUGAAGGGCACGAUCCGGAUGAUCUCCAAGAUCAAUCUUUGUGAUAACACUUCCAAGCAGGCCGAGUGGAACUGGAUCAAACUGAUCGAGUCGGUCCGGUGCGACGGGAGCUCUCUGUUUGUCCGCACCUCGGCCACCACCACACCCCUGAUCCCGCCCUCUCUCGUCAUGAGCACCGCGCCCCCUCUCGGCACGAAGCCGGCGAGAGCUGUGCCCAUGAAGACUCCUGUCAAAGACGAGAACGAGUCUACGAGUUCAACAAAAAAGUGGUGGAAAAUUUUUGCCCCCCGUAAAAAGACAAGCAGCAUGUCUAGCGAUUCCAGUGGCUUCCAAAGUAUGGGUUCGCCAGAGUUAUCGUAGCGACAAUGCUGAUGCAAACCAGCAUGUGGGACAUCAUGUGCAAGAAAUGGAAGGUGGACGCAGGUUUUGUGCCCAGAGACUGCACUUUUAAUAGGCCGACUUUGUGCGACAGAGUGUCUAACACGGUCAGUUGCUGCUCUGUUAUGUUCGCUUAGCAAUAAACUAUGGCUUUGCUCGCCUCUCUCCAACCUGAA